CGGUAAGGAAGAAGAAAUCAUUUGUAGCUAUUUAGUAGGGUGCGAUGGUGUACAUUCUAGUGUUAGAAAAGGAAAAGAUGAUUGGAUUUUUGAAGGUCGAACAUUGAACUCUUCAUGGGUCGUAGCUGACUUAAAUAUUGAUCAUGAAUUGGUUAAAGAUGAUCAAGUAACCCUUUUCGCAGCUGCUGGGGGGCACAUCGCAAUAUUACCAUUGGAUUCUCGAAAAAAUACUUUUCGUAUUAUUGGUAGAGUUCCUGAUGAGCAUAUUACAUUGGAUAAGCUGCAGAAAUUGAUCGAUAAGAAAACUGCUCCUAUUAAACUUGUGCUAACAGAUCCGGUUUGGAUUGCUAAUUUUAAAGUUAGCGAAAGAGUUGCAAAUAAAUAUCGAAUGGGUCGUGCCUUCCUUGCUGGAGAUGCUGCACAUUGUCAUUCACCGGUUGGUGGUCAAGGAAUGAAUUUGGGAAUUCAAGAUGCUCAUAACUUAGCAUUCAAAUUGGCUCUGGUUAUCAGGAAUCGGGCCAUAAACCCUGACAAACUUCUCAAUAGUUAUGAACAGGAAAGACUUUCUGUUGGCAAGAAUGUUGUCUAUGGCACUAGUUUUGCUACGAAAUUGUUGAGUGAUAGUGACUUUAUUACCGCUUUUUUAAGAACAUCUGUGGCUCCUUUCUUAUUUCAUUUUUUUCCACAACUUGCAUUUAAUUUUCAGACCAAUUUAUUCCAAACUGAUCUUAAAUAUUUUCCCGAGACAUCUGAUAUUAUUCAUAAAUACAUACCUCAUUCAGGCCCUAAAAACAAAUUGAUCAAAGCAGGUCUUUAUGCACCAGAUGGAUUAUUAAAGAAAGUAAUCCCACACAAAAUUCAUGAUCGUAUAACUUUAUUUGAUGUCUUUCGUUCAACCACAUUGAAACACACCUUGAUCUUGUUUACUCUAACUAAGGGUGUCACUGCUGAUCGCAAUCCACUCAUAAAUACCCUGUUGGAGAUCUACUCUGGAUAUAAAAAUACUAUAACUCCAAUUAUCAUUUCAUAUCAGGGUUCUGUUCAAACUGCUGAUAUGCCAUUUAUGCCAUUUUUAGAAGAAGGUCGAGAACAACAUAUAUUUAUUGAAUCAAAAUUUGAAUUACAUGAAAAAUAUGGGAUCAUGAAAGAAAUUGGUCAACAAGCUUUUGUACUUGUUCGACCUGAUUUAUACAUUGCUAGUGCAGUGUUUGAAAAUGACGUUGAUAAACUAAAGGCAUUUUUAAAGGGUUACUUGGUCAAGUUAGACAGGCAUUCAUGA